CCUAACCUUUUCCCGAAACCAAUCUCGACUAAGGAAGAUUCAAAACUGAACGACGAAACUCAGAAAUCUCAGCGGCAAAGAGUGGAAUCUCAUUCAGACUCUGGUCAUGAGGUAAUAGUUUCAUGUUUAGUUAUUUUCUGUAAAUCAGGGUUGGCUUUUCAACUUUAAUUCGGUUUUUAGCCACUGGGACAGUCUCCGCCUCACUCUUGCACCUUUGUCUUCUUCUCUUUUGACUCUGCUACUCUUGACAGUUGACACAAGCACUCCCUUUUCACUUCUAGUCACUGCCGGCGCCGCCGUCAUUCUUCGCUGCUGUUUUUUGGCCGGUGGAGAACUCGUCAUUGGGGAGAGAUCUAAGCGGUAUCGAGAAUCUGGCUACCAUGAUUGAUUGACUGAUAAAUUAGUAUUUGAAAAGGCCGAAUUGCUUUCUUCCCGGAUCGAAUAUGGCUCUUCUUCUUACUCUUCUUUUUCUUGCCUUUGUCUUUCUCUUCACCGCCCAUUGCUCAGAAGCUAUUGCUACUUCGGUCCCUAGCGAUGCAUUGUCCCUUCUCAGCUUCAAGGACUCUGUCUCUUCCGAAUCUUCGGACCUUCUCUCUGGAUGGAGUAUGGAGUCUUCUGAAAGUUACUGUCAAUGGCACGGCGUCACCUGCGAGAAUAGGCUUUCUGGCAGAGUUAUUGCUUUGAACUUGACUGGACUUCGCGGCGGCAAGCUCGCUUCUUCCAUUGGAGACAUGUCUGAGCUUCGAGUUUUGUCCAUUCCCCUCAAUAUGUUCUCCGGUGAGAUCCCAGAGAGUCUGGGGAAACUUCGGUUUCUCGAGGUUCUUGAGCUUCAAGGAAACAAUUUUUCUGGGAGGAUCCCUAGCCAAAUAAGUUAUCUUCCAUCUCUUCGCAUUCUUAACCUCUCUAAUAAUGCAUUGUCCGGUUCUAUGCCCAGUAAAUUGGUUGGCUCUGGAAAUGCUAGCGUCAUUGACUUGUCGAAUAAUCAGCUUUCCGGUUCAAUUGUAGGUAGUUUCAAUACUGCCUUUGAAUUUUUGAAUCAUUUGAAGCUGUCCCACAACUUCUUUACAGGCAAAAUCCCCUCCGAAAUCGGGAAAUGCAGAAAUUUGAGGACGCUUUUACUCGAUGGGAAUAUCUUGGAAGGAAGUGUCCCUUCCGGGAUUGGGUCUAUUACGGAACUCAGACUGCUAGAUGUCUCUAGAAAUAGUCUCACGGGAAGGAUCCCAAAAGAGAUAGGCAACUGCCGGAAACUGUCAGUGCUUGUGUUGACUGAUUUAAACGAUCAUGCUUCCCCUAAUAAGAGCUUGGUGAAUAGCUUCAGAGGAGAAUUCAAUGCUUUUGUUGGAAACAUUCCUCCACAGGUGUUGUUGCUUUCAAGUUUAGAGGUUUUAUGGGCACCAAGAGCGAAUCUUGGCGGACGGUUGCCUAGGGGCUGGACAGAUUCAUGCUCGCUGAGAGUACUCAACUUGGCAGAGAAUUAUAUUAUUGGGGGCAUACCAGAAACCUUGGGGAUGUGCAGAAAUUUAACUUUCCUUGACUUGAGCUCUAACAAUUUAGUGGGGUAUCUUCCUUCAAAGCAGCUUCAAGUUCCAUGUAUGAUGUACUUCAACGUCAGCUGGAAUAACCUAUCUGGCAUACUUCCAGGAUUUGGGAAGGCAAGCUGUGAUUUAAUCAGAAUCCCAGGUGAUGCACAUGUUGAUAUUCUAGUUUGGAGAUCUUUGAUGGGUGCUCUCACUGGAUCAGGUUCAGAAGAUGAUGUUGUCAUUAACCAUGAUUUCAGCUGGAACAGCUUUACGGGAUCUUUACCUUCAUUCUCACUAGGAGAUACUGCAGACAGUAAGAUUUCCUACAAGCUAUCAAUGAAUAAUAACAAGUUCAGUGGACCUCUACCAUAUCAUCUGGUUUCAAACUGUAAUGAUCUCAAGAUGUUAAAGGUUAACUUGAGUGUGAACCAGCUCUCAGGUGGGAAUUCCCAAAAAUUGCUUCUUGACUGUUUGCAGUUGACAGAGUUUGAGGCUGCGUACAACCAGAUUAGGGGUUCAAUUGAUCCGCAUAUUGGUGACUAUGCAAUGCUCCAACGCCUUGAUUUGAGAGGGAACAAACUUACUGGCUUUCUGCCUGAUCAAUUGGGAAACCUGAAAGACAUGAAAUGGCUGCUUUUAGGAGGAAACAAUUUAACUGGAGAAAUCCCUUUUCAACUUGGUCAAUUGGCUCCCCUUGUUGUUUUGGAUCUAUCUCACAAUGCUCUUAGUGGCACUAUUCCUGCAAGUUUGACAAGCGCCACGACUCUUGAAACUCUGUUGCUAGAUCACAACAGGCUCAAUGGGGAAAUACCUUCAUCCUUUUCCACUCUUUCCUGUCUUGUUGAUUUUGAUGUUUCUUUCAACAACCUGUCUGGUCAUAUUCCCCAUCUUUUUCACCCUAGUGAUUGUGACUCCUACAAGGGGAAUGUACACCUGCAUUCAUGCCCUGAUCCAUACUCUGCCUCCCCUACUUCUCUCCCAAUUCCUGUUGAAGUCCAAAAUAGGCAUAGACCAAAAAAAUUGAAGAUAGUAAUAAUAGCUGUGGUCUCUUCAGUCUUCAUGGUUCUCUGUGUACUGGGUAUAGUUUUGGUGAUCACUUUUGGAAGGUACAAGUUUGGUCGGCUCAGUAGCCUUCGAAGCAGGCUGUUAGUGACCUUCCAAGAUGUUCCAAUUGAACUCAGUUACGAUAACAUUGUCAUAGCCACAGGAAAUUUCAGCCUCCAAAAUCUAAUUGGAACUGGUGGGUUUGGGUCUACUUACAAGGCUGAACUAUCCCCUGGUUUCCUUGUUGCCAUAAAGAGGUUGUCUUUAGGGAGAUUCCAAGGCAUUCAACAGUUUGAGAGAGAGAUAAGAACCUUAGGGAUAAUCCGACAUAAAAACCUUGUCACUCUGAUUGGCUACUACGUAGGAGAGGCCGAAAUGUUCUUGAUAUACAACUACCUUUCAGGUGGGAACCUUGAAACGUUCAUACACAACAAUUCAGAUAAAAACAUGUGGCCAAUUAUCUACAAGAUAGCAAUAGACAUAGCAGAGGCCAUAGCUUACCUUCAUUACUCCUGCGUUCCUCGUAUAGUUCAUCGUGACAUCAAGCCUAGCAACAUCUUACUGGACGAGGAUUGCAAUGCCUACCUCUCAGAUUUUGGAUUGGCUAGACUCAUGGAGGUAUAUGAGACCCACGCCACAACUGAUGUGGCAGGCACAUUUGGGUAUGUUGCGCCUGAAUAUGCCACCACUUGCAGGGUUUCAGACAAGGCAGAUGUUUAUAGCUUUGGUGUUGUGUUACUAGAAUUAAUGUCUGGAAGAAAGUCUCUCGAUCCAUCUUUUUCUGAAUAUGGAAAUGGGUUCAAUAUUGUCUCGUGGGCUAAGUUGCUAAUGACUGAAGGUCGUUCUUCUGAACUGUUCUCACCUGCUUUGAGGGAAGCAGGACCUGAGGAGAAACUGUUGGGGCUUUUAAAAGUUGCGUUAGUCUGCACAGUGGAGACGCUUUCUAUUCGGCCAUCGAUGAAACAGGUUCUUGAGAAAUUGAAACAACUUAAAAGUUGAAAACUUUCAGAAUCAAGUGUACAGUAAUAGAAAGCCAUUCAUGACUGUUUGAUUAUACUGACGGUGGCUCAUUCCUAUGGAAUACUGACUCGAGAGAAAAUGAGGUCUUCAAGUUCUGUUGCCCGCCGCUAGUGGCUUUGAAGCAACCUUUUCUUGUAAACACAAGGAAGAUACAAAUUUAGAUGGGAGCUCCUAACGACGACUCAUGUACUAUUUUCACUGACGAGAGAGAUUGAUUCUUAGCAGGACUUUCAAAUGAUGCAUUCUUGCAAGCUGAAACCUGAAGGAAGAAAACAAGUACAGCAUCAUAUUGCUUCAGCUGGUGAGUCCAUUAUACUGGAAACUGGUGGAUUUGUGGACCAGUAUGGUCAUAGCACUUGCGGGGGAGUGAUUAGGAAGGCUAAUGGAGUUGGAUUUUGGCUUUCUGUGACAAAACUGAACCUCUCCCUUUGGCAAUCACAGAAAUCUAAGGAAUCAUCCACGGACUCAGACUUUGCUGGAAAAAAAGGAUUCAAGAAGGUGGAGUUCUCGUCAGAUUAUGUUCAGGCCAUCAAUCUAAUUACUAGAGACUUACUAGUAGGAAUUGGUCUCUGUAAAUUUUAUUUUUGCAUAUGGGGACUUUGUUAGAUGUGCCUAUUCUCUAGCUAAUAGCCUAACGUGUUCAGGAUAUGUCCAAGUAAAGCUGUAUCUCUCUCUCUCUCUCUCUCUCUCCCUCCUUUUUUAAUACAAAGCCAUGAAAGAAAAACCGUGCGAAAAGAUCAUUUUGGUCAUAUCAGCAUACAAAAGCUUCUUACAAUCAGGUGGUGGCAUAUCAUAAAUUUGGAUAU